UGCCUUCCCGAUGAUACUUCCCAGGUACGUAAAACUUUCCACAUCUACCAAACUUUCGCCGUCAAGUGUGAUUGAUUUGGUGUUCUCCGUGUUGUAUUUGAGGACUUUGGUUUUUCCCUUGUGUAUGUUGAAGCCUAUAAAUGCAUAGGCUGAUGCUACGGUAGUUAUAUACGAUUUUAAUUAGUUGUAUAUAAAACUACCAAACUAAGUAAUAUUGAUAAUUUUCUAGUUGACUUUAUAGAAUGCUCUUAUUUAAACAAACAUUAGAAACCAGGAGUCAAUGAAUAGUUAUUGUACUCUAGUAUAGGACUCUUCACCACUACACAUCCACAACCCACCACCAUCACAGAUUAAACACAAAAUUUUUGCUCUCUCUCGCGAAUGCUGAAUCUCUAAAUCAUUGACAAGGAAUUCAAUGGUACACAUUAUCUAAAUGUAACUAAUUCAUGAAAUUGCACGACUAUCUCUCUUUGUUUGCUAUAGAUAAUUGUCGCUAACCGGAUAUAUUUGAACCGCCAUGGUCACUGUUUCUCACUAAAACUCUCCACUUAAUACUUGGAAUUAGUCACUAAUAAGAACAUGAUGAUUAUCAGUGGUGAAGUUUGUGGAGAUUAUAAAAAUGACCGAUAUCAUAAACCUAUAUAAAUCAUGGAUCCACAAAAUUGAAUGUUCCAUAGUAGGACGAAUCAGAUAUUCAGGGCUUCCCGGUUUACAACAGUCAUCUUGCUCAGACGGGUUCGUGAUAUCAAUAACAUUUAAUAACAUCCAUAAAUCUCCAUAUUGAUAGAAACUGAAGGUACUAGAAUUUCAAUUCCCAGUAAAACAACUUUGAACUGGAAGGUUUUGUAUAAGUUGAAUUUGUAAGUUAAAAAUUAUAUCAAUAUUUAGUCAGAUGGAUGAUGAUGAUGAUGAUGAUGAUGAUGAUGAUGAUGAUGAUGAUGAUGAUGAUGAUGAUGAUGAUGAUGAUGAUGAUGAUGAUGAUGAUGAUGAUGAUGAUGAUGAUGAUGAUGAUGAUGAUGAUGAUGAUGAUGAUGAUGAUGAUGAUGAUGAUGAUGAUGAUGAUGAUGAUGAUGAUGAUGAUGAUGAUGAUGAUGAUGAUGAUGAUGAUGAUGAUGAUGAUGAUGAUGAUGAUGAUGAUGAUGAUGAUGAUGAUGAUGAUGAUGAUGAUGAUGAUGAUGAUGAUGAUGAUGAUGAUGAUGAUGAUGAUGAUGAUGAUGAUGAUGAUGAUGAUGAUGAUGAUGAUGAUGAUGAUGAUGAUGAUGAUGAUGAUGAUGAUGAUGAUGAUGAUGAUGAUGAUGAUGAUGAUGAUGAUGAUGAUGAUGAUGAUGAUGAUGAUGAUGAUGAUGAUGAUGAUGAUGAUGAUGAUGAUGAUGAUGAUGAUGAUGAUGAUGAUGAUGAUGAUGAUGAUGAUGAUGAUGAUGAUGAUGAUGAUGAUGAUGAUGAUGAUGAUGAUGAUGAUGAUGAUGAUGAUGAUGAUGAUGAUGAUGAUGAUGAUGAUGAUGAUGAUGAUGAUGAUGAUGAUGAUGAUGAUGAUGAUGAUGAUGAUGAUGAUGAUGAUGAUGAUGAUGAUGAUGAUGAUGAUGAUGAUGAUGAUGAUUAA